AUGAAUGGUACAUCAGUACAACAAUUGGCUGAAAACUGUACACGGUGCAUGUCAAAAAGGAAGCAUGAAUUGUCACCUGAUGAUAGGAUUUUGGAGCUGGAUCAAAAAAUGGCUUUGACCUUACUUCCGGUCGUCGUAUAUGUGACAAUUUUAAUGAUACUAGGAAUUGUGGGUAAUCUUGUCGUGUGUUACAUUUAUUUCUUCAGAUGGAAGAAGAAAACCGUUAAAUAUUUUAUUGGAUUCUUAGCAGCAUACGACUUGAUAACUUCAGUCACUUGCAUGCCCAUUGAAAUAGCAAUGCUUCAAAAUCCAAUUACUCUAGAUGACCCAUAUCUCUGUAGUUUCCAAAGAUUUUCUCGUUCAAUGACAUCAUUGGGAGCCGGAUUAAUGUUAGUCGUCAUUGCAGUGGACCGAUAUAUGAAAAUUUGCAGAUAUGCAAGAAGUCAUAUUCAAAUUCCAUUAGCAAUGAAAUUAUGUGUAUCGACAGCAGUAGUUGCGUUACUAUUUUCUUGGCCAUGUCUAAUCAUAUUUGGACAGUUCAAUAGAAGUGAAUGGCCCAUUGCAGAGACAUCAUGUACCAUCGACAGAGAAUAUCGAGAUACGCUUUAUCCGACAGUGUACUAUGGCAUGGUUUCUGUCCUCUUUUUGAUAGUAUCACUGUGUCUUCUCACAUUAUACUCAUUUGUUUUGAUCAAAUUGUGUAAAUUUUCAGCUACAGGAAGAGGAAAGAAAACAAACAAAUUUAUCAACGAGAAAAAUAGUAAUAAUACAUCAUCUUCUCCAGAAAUUCUGCACGAUGACUCCACCAAUCUCAACACAAACAAUCUAAAUAGUUCGGAACACAAUCUUUCAACUGUUAAUCCUAAAUCUGCAAAAUCCACCAUUUUAAAUGAAAAUAAGUUAAUAGUUUCUGCACAUAAGCGACCUUCCAUUCAAAUACGAAUGAAAAGAACAACUUUAAUGCUGUUGUUAAUUACACUCAUACAGUGGACGAGUUACUUCCCUUACUUUGGUUUACUUUUUGGUAGGACACUAAACAAGGAUUUCGUACGAAAUAUGUCAGAAGAUGCGCAGAUACUCUAUAACAUAGGGGUGAGAUCCCAUUUCCUCAGUAGUGGAGUCAAUCCCUUUAUGUAUGGAUUUUUCAGUCAAGACUUUCGUAAAGAGCUUCAAAACGCUUUUCGGUCAAUGAAGAUUAAAAUAGUGAAUUAG